CAUGAACCGGAGUCGACAGUCCUCCGAGUUUACUCAGAUCUGUUUGUCUUUCCUUCCCGACAAAUAGGGAGAAGCAGAUAUAACUAAUAUUCCUCCAUUGCCGUAGCCGUAGCCAUAGCCAUGGCGAUUGGCUCCUUUCUUAUUCUCUUUAUUCUCUUCUUUUUUUCUUCUUUAAAUCCAAUCCUUUCUCUUUACGAAGAUCAAGUAGGCCUGGUGGAUUGGCAUCAACAAUACCUCGGGAAAGUGAAGCAAGCUGUGUUCCACACUCAUAAAACUGGUCGGAAACGAGUUGUAGUAUCCACUGAAGAGAACGUUGUAGCUUUACUUGAUCUCCGCCAAGGCGAGAUUUUUUGGAGACAUGUUCUUGGGUCUAACGAUGUCAUCGAUGGAAUCGAUAUUGCUCUUGGAAAGUAUGUCAUUACCCUUUCAUCAGGAGGAAGUAUUUUGAGAGCAUGGAAUCUUCCCGAUGGGCAGAUGGUGUGGGAAUCUUCUCUUCGGGGUCCAAAGCACUCAAAAUCAUUGUUAUUAGUGCCGACAAAUUUGAAAAUUGAAAAGGAUAAUAUAGUCAUCAUUUUCAGCAAUGGUCGUCUCAAUGCUGUUUCCUGCAUAGAUGGGGAGGUUCUCUGGGAGAAGGAUUUUGAAGGAGAAAGUCUCGAGGUUCAGCAGGUAAUUCAGCCUCCUGGCAGUAAUUUAAUAUACGUUGUAGGAUUUGCUUCUUCAUCCCUGUUUGAGAUGUAUCAAAUCAAUGCCUUAAAUGGAGAGUUGUUGAAGCAUGAAAGUGCUGCCUUUUCUGGUGGGUUUUUGGGAGAAGUUUCACCUGUUUUUAGUGAGACAGUUGUGGCCCUUGAUUCCACAGGGUUGAUUUUGCUGACAGUAAGUUUCCAAAAUGGAAUGAUUAGUUUUCAACAGACGCCAAUUUCAAAUCUUGUCAAGGAUUCCUUUGGACCGGCUAAAAUAAUACCUUCAUCAGUUACAGGAAUAUUUGCAAUUAAAAUGAAUGCAGUUACCAUAGUUAUUAGAGUGACAGAUGAGAACAAGCUGGAAGUGGUGGAAAAAACAAAUCAUGAAACAUCUAUUAGUGAUGCUCUCCCAAUCUCUGAGGGCCAACAAGCAUUUGCAUUGGUUCAACGUGCAGGCCCCGAGAUUCAUCUCAGAGUAAAGCUUGCUCACAAUUGGGAUGAUAAUUUGCUUAAAGAAAGUGUUAAAAUGGACCAGCAUCGUGGGCUGGUCCACAAGAUUUACAUCAAUAAUUAUAUCAGAGCCGAUAAGUCUUAUGGAUUUCGGGCAUUGAUUGUGAUGGAAGAUCAUUCAUUGUUGUUAUUGCAACAAGGUGAGAUUGUCUGGAGCAGGGAAGACGGUUUGGCAUCAAUAAUUGAUGUCACGACUUCAGAACUCCCUGUGGAAAGGGAUGGUGUAUCUGUUGCAAAAGUGGAGCACAACCUCUUUGAAUGGCUUAAGGGUCAUAUGCUGAAGCUCAAGGGAACACUAAUGCUUGCAAGCCCUCAGGAUAUAGCAGCCAUACAAAGUAUGAGAUUAAAAAAUUCCGAGAAAAGCAAAAUGACCCGAGAUCACAAUGGCUUUCGGAAGCUGCUUAUAGUACUAACAAGGGCAGGGAAGCUUUUUGCAUUGCAUACUGGAGAUGGACAUAUUGUCUGGUCUUACUUGUUACAGUCUUUACAAAAAUCAAAGGUGUGUCAACAUCCGAUAGGACUAAACUUGUACAAGUGGCAAGUUCCGCAUCAUCACGCUAUGGAUGAAAAUCCAUCUGUGCUUGUAAUUGGCAAGUGUGGUCCGAGUUCUGAUGCACCAGGUGCACUUUCUUUUGUUGACACUUAUACAGGAAAGGAGCUUAGUUCUUUAAGUCUUGUUCAUUCUGUUGCACUAGUUAUUCCACUGCCAUAUACAGAUUCAACAGAACAACGUCUCCAUCUGUUAAUUGAUGCUGAUAAGCAUGCACAUUUAUACCCCAAAACACCCGAGGCUAUUAGUAUUUUCGAACGUGAGUUUUCAAACAUAUACUGGUACUCUGUCGAGGAUGAUAAUGGCAUAAUCAAGGGGCAUGCUUUAAGGGGCAAGUGCACUGGUGAAGUGGCUGAUGAAGUCUGCUUUGACACCAGGGAGUUGUGGUCAAUUGUGUUCCCCUCGGAAUCAGAAAAGAUCAUUGCAACUGUCACUAGAAAACUGAAUGAGGUUGUACAUACUCAAGCAAAGGUUAUAGCAGACCAGGAGGUCAUGUAUAAAUAUAUAUCAAGAAAUCUACUUUUUGUGGCAACUGUUGCACUCAAAGGCAGUGGUGAAAUUGGAUCUGUUACACCAGAAGAAUCAUGGUUGGUUGCAUAUCUUAUUGACACUGUAACAGGCCGUAUAUUGCACCGAGUGACCCAUCAUGGCUCACAGGGUCCUGUUCAUGCUGUUUUUAGUGAGAACUGGGUUGUCUAUCACUACUUCAAUCUUAAAGCGCACAGAUAUGAGAUGUCAGUCAUUGAAAUUUAUGACCAAUCUCGGGCUGACAAUAAAGAUGUUUGGAAGCUUGUUCUUGGAAAGCACAACCUUACCUCGCCGAUUUCUCUAUAUUCUCGCCCAGACGUCAUAACAAAAUCGCAAUCUUACUUUUUCACUCAUUCUGUGAAAACCAUAGCUGUGACCUCAACCACAAAGGGUAUUACUUCAAAGCAGCUUCUAAUUGGUACAAUUGGUGAUCAGGUUUUGGCACUUGAGAAGCGUUUCUUGGAUCCUCGUCGAACAGUUAAUCCCACACAAGCAGAGAAAGAAGAGGGCAUUAUACCACUAACUGAUUCAUUGCCAAUCAUUCCUCAAUCCUAUGUUACACAUGCCCUUCGAGUGGAAGGUCUUCGAGGUAUAAUAACCGUGCCUGCUAAGCUGGAAUCAACAACCCUCGUCUUCGCACAUGGCGUGGACCUCUUUUUUACUCAACUUGCACCAUCGAGGACAUACGAUUCACUCACAGACGAUUUUAAUUACGCCCUGCUCCUCAUAACAAUCGUGGCACUCAUGGCAGCAAUCUUUUUAACCUGGACUUUGUCCGAGAGGAAAGAACUACAAGAAAACUGGAGAUGAGUAAGUCUCGGCUUAAUGUUCAUUUACACUUGUGUACUAACAAAAUACACUUUGUUUUAGUUGACAGAGAUGCUUUUUAUGGUUUGAGCUUAGAUUUGGAGGUAUGUCUCUUCCUGAUUUGUAGUACUCUUCUAAAUAUUGUAUCAUGCCCGCUCUUAAAUGUCGAAUUGAAUUUUUAGCAAUUUGGUGCAAGGUUAUAUCAAAAUGGAUUUAUUUGAUUAUUACUA